UGGCGCACAAUACAUUUCAAGCCAUUCUAUCAAUACAGAGUUAUAUUACAGUCCGAUCUGGAGGUGAACCAGGAGGAAAAAAUAAGAAUGACAUUUGAAAAAUAUUCGAACUGAGACUCAGCUCAAAAAGGCUUCAUUUCACAUCUAUUUAUUUUUUUAACAACAUCAAAAGCCACUUGAACGUAUAGUGUUUCAACUCAGAAGCAAAUAUUACAAUUAUAUAGAUUGUUUACACAAACAGUAAAAAUGACAACGCUUCUUCCGUACCGCACUGAAUACAAGAAGGGUAAUACAUCCGCUAGUUGCGAGAAAUGUCAAAAAUGUAUUUGCGAAGGCAGUAUUCAGAUUAGUUUUAUGCAACAGGGCAUAAAAGACGAUUAUAUGGAAGCAAGAUGGUUUGAUGUGCCUUGCUUCUUUUCGAUACGUCAACCUGGAUCGGAAGACAACAUCGAUGGAUUCGCAAACUUAAGAUACAAAGAUCAAAUGGAAUUGCGGAAAUAUUUGGCUGAUAACAAAAAUGUCCCGCAAACAAUGACUGAUGAGCAGUCAUCCUCGAAGAAGCAUUGUGUUAGAUCUAUCGAUCUCACAUUGGAACAACAAAUUGAACAACAAAACGACGCAUUCUUUGCUAUCUAUGACAAACUGAAAACACUGAAGACUACAGAACUUGUUACGAUUUUGAAUUCAAUGCACCAAUUUGUGCCUGAAAGUAGUAUAGAGAAGUUGAAUCACGUGUGCGACAUCAUUUGCUUUGGUGCUUUGUCACCAUGUCCGACAUGCAAAAAUGGUAAACUUCUGUUCCGAAAUUCAGUGUAUUGUUGCAGUGGCUACGAUUCACCAUGGACAAAAUGUCCGUACUCAACUAAACAACCGCUGCGUGUGUCAAUUGAGCUGCCAAUAGAAUAUCAAACAAUGUUGACCGUAGAUUCUAAAGUUCAGACACGCAUUCUGCGAAAUGUCACUGAGUUCAAUGAAGAUGAUUUUGAAUCAUACACCAAACAACCACUAUUUAACAUGGAAUUUUUUAUUGUUGGCGACACAAAAUACCCAAGAAAUGUUAUCGAACACAAGAUUCGUGCAAUGGGCGGUCGACUAGUAUCAGAAAUGCAUUCCCGUCUGGCUGCAGUCUUUUCAAAUGAGGAUGUUGUGAACAAAGGUGGAGAAGACAUAAUGCGGGUUUUCAUUCUUCGCAUCCAAGUCAUAUCCGAUGAAUUGCUUGACAGCUUCUUGGAAAACGAUCCAAUUGAAUUGAUCGCCAAAAGUGACUUGAGCAAAUGGGGUAAAGAUCCAUAUGAACGGAUGCCAGAACAAAAAGACGCUUUUAAGAUAACGACGCAAAAUCAAACAAACAAUACCAAUGAAAUGGGUUCAAUGAAGACGACGGUUUACUGCGAAGGUACUCUACGAUACGAAGUCGUGCUGGACUUCGUUGAUAUCAAAAUGAACAAGAACUCGUUUUGUAAAUUACAGCUGGUCCAAAUAUAUUCUACAGCUCUUUGCUAUGUAUUUGAGACAAAGGGUCGAAUCAGUGCCACUUCAUCUGGUUUCACCAAUAAAAAGCACACCUCAAGUUUGGAACAGGCAAAGAAUUUAUUCAAACAAAUCUUUUUGGAUCUGACUGGCAAUGAAUUUGGGGCGAGCCAUUUUGAAAAGAAACCAGGAAAAUACAAUCUCGUGAAAAUUGAUAACGACAUUCAAAGUCGUAAAGUUACAAAAAACAAUGUGCCGACCAAAUUAAGUGCACCCUUAUACGAGUUGAUGCAAUUGCUGUUUGCUGAUGAAGUAAUGAAAACGACGUUACUCGCAUAUUGUUUGGUUUUCGAUAGUAUGCCGCUAGGUAAAAUUCCGCCAAGCGAAAUCCUAGGCGUCAAAAAUCUCUUAGUAGAGAUCUCAUCGAUGCUGAGUUCAGGUAACUCGCAUGAAAUUAUCGGGGCAUCGAAUCGAUUUUAUUCGUAUUUUCCACACGAUUGUGGUUUUCGUCGGCCGCCACUCAUUAAUUCAUAUGGAAUGGUCCAGCAAAAAAUUGAAAUGCUACAACGCAUCUUAGAUAGAGACAUAAUAUAUAAAACACUGACAAGUCCAUCAAACAAGGAAAGAAACCUUCUCGAUGUAUGCUAUGAACAUUUACAAGAUUCGGCUGAAAUAACAAUGCUCAACAAGUCAUCGGGAAUGUAUACACAAAUAUGUAACUACGUCAAUAAUACACAAUUGCACAACGACCCAACGGCAAACUACGAUCCAGGUCCAUGCAAAGUAGACGAUGUAUUUGUAGUGGAACGUCAUGAAGAAAUCCUGCGGUAUCAACCACACGAGGAAAAUUUCAACCGCCAACUUUUGUUUCAUGGAACACGCAUUGAAAAUUUGGUUAGCAUCCUGACGAGUGGCUUGAAAGUUAUAAUGCUUGGAUCACAUUUUUCAGGAUCGGCGUUUGGCAAAGGUAUUUAUUUUGCAGAUUCAGUAACGAAAUCGGCUAGAUAUUGUCAUCCGAUCAAUAGAACUGGUUUGGUAUUGUUGUGUGAAGUUGCUGCCGGCCGAACUGAUUUUCGAUAUGAUUUUCAAGUUUCCCAAAUGGUUGAUCACUGCGAAUCGGUUCAGGCCAUAGGCAUGCAUCAACCAGAUCCGCUGCACAUACGGCCCGAUGGUUUGAAAAUUCCAAAUGGUAAACUUGUCAAACGGACUGUUAAAACACCACUCGUUUUCAAUGAAUUCGUGCUGUUUGACGAGUCACGAGUGAAAAUAAGAUAUCUGGUCAAAUUGAAAUUCACCGGACAACAAAGAUACAGAAAAUGAAAAUUGAUCGCAAUUUUUUUUCCAUACUUGAAACUCGUAUUCACAGCAAUUUGUGAAUCUUGAAACUUAUGUUUAGCUUCUUAUAAGCCAAUAAUGAUAAGAAUAAAAAACUCAAAAAUAUAAAAUUAA